AGCCCAAGUGCACAGGCUAAAUGUCAGGGCAGCAGGAUCACUGGGCUGUUAUGGAGCAUUAUAUGUGUGUGAAUGGAGACGAGAGCCUAAAAUGUGACCUCACAACUGCUCGUCCAUUGUCCCUGGUGAUCAUCCACCUCCCUGCAGCUGCGGAGGCUCCAGCUCCUCUCUCCUCUCUGAAUCCUCUCCUCACACCCAUGUUGGACCAGUGCGGAGUGGGAGUGACCCGGACGCUCAGCCCCGCUGCCAUUGGACGGCGGGGAGGUGUCUGUCAGCCGUGCAGCUCCCUCCUCUGCUCUUAAAUGAAGAUGCAAUGGACUCGAGGCGCGGACUCAACCUGUGGAAGCCGCGAUGAGCAGCUGAUCCUCCCGCAGUGGAUAAACCGAGAGCGCGAUGGUCACCGCCGCGUCAUGAUCCCCGUGGCUGCGCACGGCUCAGCGAAACAGUUCCUGGAGAGGUCGAGACAAAGGGACGUGACAGGGAGGAGAAGAGAGUGGAGCCGGUGAGGGAACGAAGUGUGUCCGGACCUGUUGAUCAUCCGCGUGACGCUGACUCUACCUGCAGAUCCCGGGUCACCGCGCACCGACGCGCAAUCAUGCUCCUGUCGGCGUUCCUCCUCCUCACCUCCUCUCACCUCCUGGCGCCUCUGCUGCUGUGUUACCUGCCUCACGUCUCCGCACAGAAGGCUAGCUCACGGUGGCUGAUUGGUGACAGAGACAGUCACUGUGGGGUCAUCUGCUCACGGACGCAGGGGAAGCCAGUGUGCGGCUCAGACGGGCGGAGCUACGAGACCGGCUGUGAACUGCAGAGGGCGCGAUGCAAAGAUAAGACACUAACACUGGCACACCGCGGCCGCUGUCGAGGUAAAAACUGGGUGAAAAUUGACCAGUUGCCCGCGGCUGCAGCACCAACCACCGUGUCAGAGGGGAGAGACCUUGAGCUCAAAGAUGCAGGUCAGUCCAAGUGUCGUGUUGAGAGGAACCAGGCUUUGGAACAAGCCAGGAGACCUCAGGAGUCCAUGUUUAUCCCAGAAUGCAACGAGGAUGGGACAUUUGCCCAGGUCCAGUGCCACACUCUGACAGGUUACUGCUGGUGUGUCACCACUGACGGAAAACCAGUGAGUGGCUCCUCUGUGCAAAACAGGACCCCAGUGUGUUCAGGGUCAGUAACAGAUAAACCCCCCGGGCCACCGAACUCUGGUAGAAAAGUCCACACCUGGAUCAAACAGUAUUUGAGAAAUACCUUUGACCAGCUCAGGGAUUUUCCAGAUGCGACAAAACUGCCAGCGGAUGAUGGCUCCAAGCCCACACCCACCAUGGAGACUCACGUCCCCCCUGAGGGUGACGAGAUAACUGCUCCAACACUGUGGAUCAAACAGCUGAUAUAUCAUAACUGCUCCACUUCCAGGAAGCAAGAGAAGGUUCCCUCUUGUGACCAGGAGAGACAGAGCGCCCUGGACGAGGAUCGGCAGAACCCUCGUGAGGCCAUUUUCAUCCCCGACUGUGGACCCGGAGGUCUUUACAAAGCGGUUCAGUGUCACCAGUCCACAGGCUACUGCUGGUGUGUUCUCGUGGACACAGGUCGGCCCAUUCCUGGAACCUCCACCCGGUACCAGAAGCCAGAGUGUGACAGUGCUGCACGGUCUCGUGUCUCAGAUACAGAAGAUCCCUUCCAGGGCAGAGAACUGACAGGAUGCCCAGAGGGGAAAAAAGUGGAAUUCAUUACAAGCUUGUUAGAUGCCCUCACCACAGACAUGGUGCAAGCCAUAAACUCACCAGCCCCCUCUGGUGGUGGGAGGUUUGUUGAGCCUGAUCCCAGUCACACUCUAGAGGAGAGGGUGGUGCACUGGUACUUUGCCCAGCUGGAUAACAACGGCAGUCAUGACAUAAAUAAGAAGGAACAAAAACCUUUCAAGAAGUACCUGAAGAAAAAAGCCAAACCCAAGAAAUGUUCCCGCAAGUUCAUCGACUACUGUGACCUGAAUAAGGACAGGGCCAUUUCCCUGCAAGAGCUGAAAGGCUGCCUGGGUGUCAGCAAGGAGGGUAGCUCAACAACAAGUGGCAACCAAGGGACAAGGCAAGGGACAAAUUUGUUCAUAGGUCGUCUGGUGUGAGAGGAGAAGGAUCUAAAAGCUGAGAUGAGAGCAGAGGGCACAGAGGGAAGGCAUCUGUACGCUUGCUGACAGGAAAGAGAAAGAUGGAGCAGAAAAAUUAUGAAGUUCCUGAGUUUAAAAAAAGAACAGAAAAACAAGAAACGAAAAUGAAGCGGCGCCAAAAUAUUUGCACUUUCUCCUCCCUUAUGUUUGACAUUUUACCUGUGUUGUUUUCCCCUGAAGUGACUCAAAAUGUCUUGGACAAACAAGAAUAUAUAUUUGUUAAGAGAUGAGAUGACCGGCUCACCACUGGAAGUAUGUUUAUGUUUCCACGUUUCUUCCAUGUGUCCAGUCUGCCACGUGUAGUGGCUAAGAAAUAUAACGUCCAUGUCCCCUGAUACAUUCAGUAGCAUGCAGGCAGUGGCAGUGCACUAAAGAGGAGCUGACAGUUGCUUGAUACACUUAAAAAUCCUAAAAGGAAGAACUAAGGUGAUUUGGACCAAUUCAAACAAAAUGUGUUAUUUGUACGUGAACACGCAAUUUGAGGCAAACCACAUUUGUUAGCGUUAAACUGUGAUCACUAAUUUAUCAGUCCAGAAUCACCUGUAUGAACCCACCUGCACUGUAAAGACAUAUUUAGAAGGAUUAACAUUUUGGCUCAAGAAUCAGAUAUUUGUGAACAAAAUCUGUCAGUGUCUGUUCUUCGUUUACUGAAAACAAGCUAGUUAGUAGUUAGUAGUAAGUUAGUACUUUACUAGCUUGCUUAAGAGUAUUAUUUUUGCAACCAGAAAAAAAAGUCAAUGCAAGACAACAUUGUCGUAUGUACUUAGUGGUUUUCUCGGUUAUUAGCAUGUUGUCUGCACAAGAUGCCUCAAGUUUGUUUUUUACUUGUUUGCAAGGUUUGCGCUAAAAGACUCAAAGAAAUAAAAACACUCAUUAGUAGUUGGGACAUGGAACAAACUAAGAUGUCAAAGUAUCAAAUACAUUUUUUCUCAAAGAUGGUUUCUGUCAUUUGAGGUAGUUCAUAUCACACUGAUGCUCAAGUCUUAAACUCUUAACCAUCACAAAAGAAAAGAACAUUUACAAAUAACUUGGUUUAUCUUUCCAAAACAGAAUAGAGUCCAGAGACUGAGUUUUGAAUAUUCUUCAUAGUACAAGGAAAAAGACGACUGAACCCAUGGAAGUAAGAUGUUUACAUGGGCAGGUAUCCCAUUAAUAUCAGCUCAUUUCAGCUGCCAUAUUCAAGUUUAUUCCUGUCUUUGUAAACACGAUGUGGCAUUUACAAAAGCCAGCACCUAAAAUAAAUAUUUGAGUCUGCCCAGUAAUAUCAGAGUGCAUUUUGUGUAUGUAAACACAUUCAUUGUCUGUCCUCCAACAGUUGAUGUCAGUCCUGCUCUAUGAAACACUAACCACUGUGCAUACUUGGAGCUUUGCCACCUUGUGUAAGAAAGUGCCGUAAGUCUUGAAGUGACCUCCCAGGGAGUCCAAUUAACAGGAACGUGACCGAGCAGGGAGGAAAAACUUUAUGAACAUGUUUUGGAAUGUGAAAAAUAAAAUGUAUUCCUCACAUUUGGGAACAAUUGAGUUUCAAGAAAGGAGAAUUAAGAGUUGCUGAUGUGGUCUGAAUGCUUGUGUGCUUGUUUUGAGCUGUGUAUUUCUUACCAUAUUCCCAAGAGUCACUGCAGUGGCUGAUGACCGUGAGACAAAAAAGGCUCCUAUUGUAAAUAUGUACAAUAACCUUUAUUUGUUUGUUUGUUUUACUAAAUUGCAUUGUGGGGGAAUAUUGGUGUUCACUUUCUUCUCUGUUAUUCGAUUGUAAAAUAUAUUCUUUCUGUGUUUACAUCAUGUCAAACAUUAGGCUACAGUAGCUACUUCACAACAUUGAAAUGCUUAGACCAGACUAUGAUAUCAGCUCAGAGCAGUGUUUAUUUUAUCUGUGGUCGGGUUAUUUGACUUUUUUUUUAUUAUUUGGCUUGUGUUUUACAAUUCCUGUCAUCACUAUACACGGUCAAAACGCUGUAUAGUAUCUGGUGCUUAAUCCGCUACGAGCACAGGCCCAGUCUUGUCUAAUUUGAACUGGACAGUUGUGCCAAGAAGGAGAAAAGAAACCUGUCUGUCUUAACGGGCUGUGCAGUCUCUCUUGAGAGCCUGUGUCAGUCCCGGUUUAAACACUAGUCUUGUGUGUCUGCUGAAGUGCUUCCAGACGCUGUAAGCACGGCAGAUUACAUGUGAGAUCUAAAACAACCCAACAGGCUGGUAAUCACUGCUCAUCACGAUGGGGGACAUAUAGUGAAGGAGGAUUACAGAAGACUGUCAAUCUGACAGCAAGAAGCCAAGAUUGUCUUUCUCCUCAUCAGAAACUUUUCCACCGCAAAGCCCAAAACAGAUUGUCGAGACCAUUUCAAGAUGUUUAGAUGAUACUUUCUCUUUCUUAGCUGAAGAGAUCCAUUGGAAACCAAAACACAGAGAUGUGUUGUCUUUGGGUGAAAUUGGUGAAAUGUAAAAUAUGUGGCUUGAGGUGCAGCCGUUUGGCUCUGCAAUGAAAACUAAAAUGCUUGUCCAGUGCAAUAUAGACCUGAGCUAUUUGAGCUUGUGACACAACAGACACACACAAGACAGAACAAUAGAACGGACCGAAAAGCAAUAGGGACGGCACCUGGAUAAGGUAAUCAUUUAGUUUGUGAGAAUGAAACACAUUUACAUGUUGAGACUCAAUUUGUCUUGAACUAAAAAUCUUGGUUAUUAUGAAACUGGGAUGAUUUUCAGAUUAUCUUUUCUCCUCCAGUUCCACUUGUAAACAAAAACUAAAGCAACAACUGAUCCUGACUAGAGCUGAGUGAUAUGGACAAAAAUUAUAUCAAGAUUAAAAAGUUCACAUCAGUGGAUAUCGAUAAAUAUCAUGAAAAGUGUCAUGAUAUUUCAUUUGCGAUGUUGCUAUUGAUAAAUCAUGAUAUUACUAUAAUUAUUAAUAUGGUUGACACGGUUUUAUACCACAUCUAUUCAAACUAAGCAGAGUGGGAACAGUGUGCAGAGGGAAAGUGUCUGGAACAAGUGAUCUGAGAGGGGGGGUGGAAGAGUUCAAUACUGACCCCUAAUGGUGGAGACAGUUCACUGCAGGUUUCAAGUUCACACACUGAACCUGGUUUGACAGGUACACACACACACACACACACACACACACACACACACACACACACACNACACACACACACACACACACACACACAUACACACACUACACAGCAGCAUCUGCCAAGCCCAUCUACUUUCAUGAACUGACAAUAAAUAUU